GAUGAUCCGCAACAUUCCCGCUCGCUGCACGGAGCCAGAGUUUCGAAUGUAUCUCAACACCCUCGCUAUUGGCGACUAUGUGCUUGAGAUGCCCAAAACAGGCCUCUCGAAGUGCAAGGGGUACGCUUUCGUACAAGUGCGUGACCCUCACGAUCUUACUCCUUUGGCGCGCGAGAUCUGGCAGAAGUGCGUCCCCAGCAGGAUGAGUUCAAGGCCCAUGAAGAUCCACCCUGCAGAGCCCCCAGGAGCUUACAUGUAA